AUGGCGACAAGUCAAGCUGAGAGCGGCAAAACCUUGUGCGAGGGCGAAGCAAGCACGACAGCUAGCCUUGAUACUACGGUUCGAGUCGAUAUUGGCCACCAAGAGGAAUCAAGUACCGUUCAGCGAGGAGUAGCGAACUCUAACGAUUUCCAUGCUACGAACAUAAAACCUGAUGCUGAAAAGGGGACAACACAAGAUGGCGAAGGAUCUCCUACUCCAGACCCAAAUGUCGUUGAUUGGUCUGGCCCUGAUGAUCCUCAAAACCCACGAAACUGGUCCAAAGCCUACAAAUUGACCAACAUCAUCGUCAUCAGCCUAUCCGUCCUAUACACCAACCUCGCAACCACAAUGUUCGCCCCCGGCGCCGCUACCAUGCAACGCGAAUUCGGCUUCAAGAGCAACACAGUUGAAGUCCUGACCAUCACCAUGGCAUCACUCGGUUUUGCAAUCGGCCAGUUAUUCAUACCCCCUAUGUCUGAAGUCUUCGGCCGCAUGCCCAUCUACCGCACGAGCUCAAUCUUCUACAUGGGGUUUACAGCUGGUUGUGCGCGGAGCACGAGCGUUGCAGAGUUUUUGGUGUUUCGGUUGUUGACUGGCUUGGCUGCCGCGUCGUAUAUGUCUACGGGUGGGGGGACGGUGGCUGAUCUUUUGCCGAAGGAGGAGAGGGGUGUUGCGAUGGCUAUUUUCACGGCUGGACCGCUUUUCGGGCCUGUAUGCUUUCUUUCGGUGUCUGAGGAUUUGACUAAGCUGAUGGCUGACAUAGUCACAACAAUCACCUUCUUGUUCAUGCACGAAACAAGCUCUAUCAACAUCCUCAAGUCCAAGGCCGCUCGACUUCGUAAGGAGACCGGCAAUCCAAACCUCCGCGCCGCUGGUGAUAAGCAAACCCCAGUCAAGCAGCUCGUGCUCCACGCCCUUACCAGGCCUAUGAAGUUCCUCUUCACAUCGCCAAUCGUCGCUCUUAUCUCAUUGUAUUUCGCCUUCAACUUCGGCGUAACCAUGCUUCUCUUCGCCACAUUCCCAACUGUCUACGAGAACACUUACCACUGGAGCGUCAGUAUUUCUGGCCUGGCAUAUAUUGGCGUUGGAGUUGGCUGCGCCAUAGGCGUUAUCACUUUUGCCAAACUGAGUGACCGUCUGAUAAAAGCUGAAAGGGGGAAAUACCGCGCUGAACGACGACUUAUCAUGAUGAUGUUUGUAUCUCCACUGUUUCCGAUCGGGCUGUUUAUCUACGGUUGGACCACUGAGUACAAGGCCCACUGGGUUAUUCCCAUCAUCGGUACUGCGAUCUGUGGACCUGGAGCAGUUAUCAUUAACUCGUCGUCGCAGACGUACAUAAUCGACAUCUAUGGGCCUCAAGCAGCGGCGUCAGCACUUGCAGCGAUUACUCUGCUUCGCAACCUGACUGGAGCUUUUCUGCCCCUUACUGCCCCGGCACUCUAUGCGAACCUGGGUUUGGGCUGGGGGAAUAGUGUGUUGGCCUUUGUCACGGUUGCUUUUAUACCCGUGCCGAUGUGCUUCUACUUAUACGGUGCAUCCCUGCGGAAAAGGUUCCCUGUUGAGAUCUAA